CCGACCAAGUCGGGUAUGAAGACCGGUCUUAGUCAUUCCUCGAGUGGCGACCGUUGCUUACGAAUGGCUCACACAUCCAUUCUACUAAGUAUUUUAUCAUUACAUUAACAAUUCACAUCUCCACUUGUUUCAAGUGACGAACUCCCGAUCGGGAACAUAAAUCCCAAGAAAUUUUUUUUAUAUGUAUGAUAAAUGUGUAGGUACGAAGACGACUUUACUCAUUUUCACCUCGUCUCCACUCGCCUCAAAUAGUGGGGACUGGGGGACUGAGGGGUCAGAGUUUCUAGAUGGGCAGAAAACAUCACGCAAGAGCAGGAACGAGAGCUGAGUCAGUUGAAGAGGAGCUGAGCUAGAUUGAUUAUGCCGGAGGGGAUUUACCUUCCUUGUUUCAUGUUGGGGGCGCUAGGUGUACUCUUUUUCCCUUUAUUAGGAUUUUUUCCCACUGGGUUUUUCCUAGUAAAGGUUUUUAACGAGGCACCUCCCCAUAAUGGACAAGGGUGGUGGUCCCCCGGCCGAAGAGGAAGAACGUUGCAGAUACAGUUUGGACUACUCCCUUUUGCCUCGAGUACUCUUGACUCAGGGAGUGGGGGACUCCUGAUGGAUUAUAUGGACUCCGACCCCCCGGUAUGCCGACUACUAGGCCUGGACAGCGGCCCACACACGUUUAGCGGAUUCAUAUUAUUGUACAUCAUUAUUCAAAUGUUCUAGAUUAGCUUUUUGUACUAUCAGUCCAUUUAUGUAACCGGAUCUGUCAGGCCCGUAUUAGAGGCUCAGGCCUGGAUUUUCCCUAUAUAUACUCCUUAUAGGAGGCUUGUAAACCAUAACUCAAGAACUCAAGAGUUCAUACACAAUACACAUUUUCUUCUUU